AAAACCCUUUAGAGAUGCAAUAGAAUUACGCCGCGUGGAUGAAAUUUCGUAUUUUUCAUCAAAUUUAUGAACGAUCAUGAGUGCAAAAAUGGAGGAACAAAAUGCUGAGAUGGAGCCUCAAAUGCCACAACGGACGCUCGCCCAUAUUAAAAAUAAACAGAGAAGACAAGAGUUAUUUAGAAAGAUGCAGAUUGAUAAGCGGAAGGAAAAACUAAAGGAGAAGAAAAAGAAGCAGAGAGAAGAUGAAAAGGCUGGUGACAAGGCUCCUCCGAAGAAGGUUCCCAAGACGAUAGAGAACAUGAGGGUGUUUGAUGAGACCAUGGUGAAUCCAGAAGACGAAGAGGUAACCUAUGAUGAAGCAACAGAUGAAAUGGCACCAUAUUUCAACCGAGAAACAUUGCCCAAGGUUCUCAUCACAACUUCAGAUAAAGCUGCAUGGACUACCAGGAGGUUAUGUAAGGAGUUGAGUAGCUGUAUACCUAACUCCGAAGUCCAUCAUCGAAGGCAUCUCCCUCUGAAGAGGAUCAUCAAGAGUGCACAGGAGAAGGAUUUCACUGAUCUCAUCGUCAUCAACAAUGACAGGGGCAAAGCUAAUGGCAUGGUAAUCAGUCAUUUCCCAGACGGCCCUACGUGUCAUUAUAAGAUGUCCAACGUCAAACUCAGGCAAGACAUAAAGAGGUGUGGGAAGCCAACAGAACACCAGCCUGAACUGAUCCUUAACAACUUCAACACACGCCUUGGUCAUAGUAUAGGCCGGCAGAUCGCUGCCCUGUUCCCUCACGAUCCAAACUUUGUUGGACGUAGGGUCGUGACGUUCCACAACCAGAGAGACUUUGUUUUCUUCAGACAUCACAGAUACGUGUUCAAAGACAACAAGAAAGUAGGCUUACAAGAGCUUGGUCCCAGGUUUACCCUCAAGCUUAGAUCAUUACAGAAAGGAACAUUUGACUCCAAGUUUGGUGAAUAUGAGUGGGUACACAAGAGGCACGAAAUGGAUUCAAGCAGGAGAAAAUUCCAUCUCUGA